ACGUGACACCUCUCGCACAAGCAUAUAAUAGUUUCGUCUUGCGUACAUAUUGUGCCGAAACAAUAUUGCUAUAUUGCAAUAUUUGAUGUGAAUAGCCAUUGAUGUCAUCCAGGACCGAUUCGACUUUCGUUUGUCGACGUAAGGACGUGAUUCAAGUCGGUGGUCGACUGGCAACCAAAUGAUGCAUGGUAGUAGCUUCCCCUUAGUUAUGGUAAUUCAUGGAGACAUGCCGCCUCAGGGCUUGUAAAAUAAACCCCAACAACAAUUCUCAGGACUAUGGCAGUAACAUAAUAAUAAUAACAAUAAAAAACCAACUCCAGUGACCACCAUAAAGUUGGUUUUUUUUUUGCACAGUGCUAACUAAGUCAAGCAAGGUAGUUAAAUUGCAUCACCUCUGUCUGUCGUCAGUGUGCAAGGACGAACAUCUGACUACACAGGUCCGUGGUGCAAGCGUGGUUUCGGGAAAAGCAGCAAUGCCGUGUUUCCUGCUUAAAUAGGAUAUAUUUACCAAGAUUUAAAAGCCAGGGAGAAAGAGAGAAGGAAAAUGAACUCUCUGAAAACAAUUAUCCAUACCCUUUUCAAACGACACCUUUUCGUUACUAACGUCGUCUCCUGUGGCGGGUUGCUUUUUCUAGGAGAUGGCAUCGUGCAAACGAUUGAGAAGACGCAUGCGAGAAAGACAAAAGAAGACAUUGUGCCACACGAUUUCCAAAGAAGCGGACGCAUGUUUAUAAUUGGUCUGAUGCUUGGACCUUUUAACCAUUUUUGGUAUAAGAUGCUCGACAAAUAUAUCAUUGGAACUGGGAUAAAGAUGGUGACGAAGAAAAUAGCAGCUGAUCAGGCGGUAGCUGGACCUUUCUUCUGCACAACUUUUCUGAUUGCAAGUGGUCUUUUGGAAGGGAAACCACUGAAGGAAUGUUUUGCAGAAUGGAAAGCAAAAUUUAUAACCAUCUACAUUGCUGAUUGGUGUGUAUGGCCUCCAGCCCAGAUGAUUAACUUCUACUUCCUGCCAACUGAAUUCCGUGUGGUCUAUGUCAGUAUGGUAACACUUUGUUGGAACUCCUUCUUAUCAUACAUAAAACAUAAGGAUAUACACCUGGAAGAGAAAAAAGCCAUGAAAUGAAAGAUGUGCUGCUGAAAAUGAUUAAAAGAGGAACAGUUACUGAUUAAAAAUCUGACCUAGAGAAAAAAAAUCAGGAUCUGAUGAAAAAGAGAUGAUGCGUUGACUGUUAAGAGAAAAAAAAACUAUGGCGUCUCUUUUAUGACAUAUUUGAAGACUUCAUUGCAUGUUGCUUGCUGCAUUGUGAUAGCAGUAUUAUGAGGGCAACUUUUUAGUGUUCAAAUAGUAUUUUUGAGAUUGAAUUUUUAACAUUAGCAUGCAUUAUAAUUUUUAAAAGAUAUUUUAAAUGGAGUGACUUUAUUGAACUUGGCACUACCUCUUGGAAAAAGUUGUGAAUGAGUGCAUAUUUUAUGCAAACUUUUACAAAUGCUUUUAUUAAGACCUUUUCAACUUGAUAAGCAUCUUGAAGUGAUCUUAGGUUUGGUGGUAAUUUAAAGAAAUCAUGGUUUGUCUUUUGCCUUUGUAUGUUUAAGCUAUGAUACUUUUUUUGUUCUUUAAUCCUGGAUGCUCUCUGACCAAGUUUCGACUGGUCUUUGAGGCUGAUAUGAAAGCGAUUAUUCUAAAAGCUAAGCCAACAACUUGCCAGUUACAUCCAAUGCCUAAAAGCCUUCUUGAGUGCUUAGAUAUUUUAUUUCCUGCCAUCACAAAUAUUGUAAAUGCCAGUUUGUCCACGAGUGUGUUCCCAUGUUUGUUUUAAAAUGCCCUGGUGAGGCCACUACUUAAGAAAUCCAUGCUUGAUGUCAAUGUUUUGAACAAUUAAAUUAUCUAGUUAUCCAGUUUCCAGUUUGUCUUUUCUCUCUAAGAUCAUAAAGUAGUUUUGACACAGCUCUGGGCCUACUUACAAGAGCACUCCCUUAUCACAUGAGCUCAGUCGGUGUAUAGACCUUUUUACAGUACCAACUACUCUAAUUAAAGUAACCACAGACAUAUUCUGUCCUUGAUAGUGGUGAUGUUUCUGCCUUAACUAUGCUGUAUUCAACACUAUCGACUACUCUCAGCUCCUUCAAAGACUCAAAACCCUAUGUGGAAUAUCUGGACCUGCACCCUUAUUGUUCAACUCCUAUCUCACUGAUAGGACCCAAACUGUGUUCAUUGAUGGCCCUCGCCCUGCUCCACUUUUCUGUGGGGGUCUCCCAAGGUUCAGUACUUGGCCCAGAUCUGUUCAUUUUUAUAUGAAACCCCUUUUAUCAUGCAUCCAGUCUCACCAAUCAUAUGCUAACGACACACAGCUGUACUGCUUCAUUUCACUUUCUGAGUCUCUCUGCUACUAGCAUCAUAGAAGCCUGUAUUCACGACAAGGUCUGGAUUGUCAAAAAACAAGCCUAAACUAAACGAUGAUUAAACAGAAGCCCUCCUAUACUCAAGAAGAACCUUCGGUCAUCAAUCUGCCCAAUCACAUCAUGGUGGGUGAAACCAACAUCACCUUUGCAUUGUCUGUCAGGAAUCUGGGAUUCAUUAUCAUUUCUGACAUGACUCUUGAUAAGUUUCAUAACUAGUAUGUGUAUUAUGAGCUAUAAAAGAUCUGCACCAUCCGUAACUUUUCUCUCUAUGCACGCUACUAAUACUCGUCUUUGUGUUUGUUCUUUCUCGGCUUGAUUACUGCAUCCUUGCUCGCUGUCACUCAUACCUCAUUCAGAGACUCGAAAGAGUACAGAACUCUGCUGCAUGUCUAAGCACCAGAGCUAGGAAAGGGGAUCAUAUCACUCUUCCUGUCACCAGAACAACAUAUGGUCACAGGAUUUUCAGUUACCAUGCAGCAAAACAAUGGAACCCUCUCCCUUUCCAUAUUCGCCACCUACCUACUUUUCAAUCCUUCAAAUCUGCAGUGAAAACACACCUCUUCCUUGAGCAUUACUCUUAACACAGUCCACACAAUGCGAGUCCCUUUUUACCCUUCCCCCUUUUCUGCUUUUGCUACUUUCCUUCUCUUCUUCUUAUGCAGAAUCCUUGUUACUUGGUGCCUCUUUGCAUCAUCUUUAUUUGUCUUCUAUUCGUUUCCAGCACCGUGCACUAUUCUUCCAUCCCUCAUAUGCUGCUCAAGGUGUCCAUUCCUGUUUUAAGCACUAAGAGUAUGCUCUUUAGACGUGUGAGUAUACGUUAUAUAACUCUUCAUUAUUAUCUCUCUGUUCUCUUUUUUUUUUCCCACACACACACAUAUAUAUAUAUACAAAUAUGUUCAAGUGAACAUACACAUGCAUAACUCCACAUCUGCAUCAUCUGAUCUUUUAGCUAAGUGAACCAAAGAAAAGCAUUUGAUAUGGCAAUAACUCUUAUGUCAUUGUACUCAUUAGCAAGUUCCUCACAGAGCAGUGACAAAUUCAGUUGAUAUGCUGACUGUUGGCAGAGUAACUGUCACAAGUCUGGCACUGUUAGAAGUGAAGUUUUAUGAAUAAAUGAGUUUUUAUUGUU